AUGUGUAACGGCACAUCCCUCCCAGAAGCGAUCAUCUUUAACAUACUCUCUGUACUCCCUGUGAAGACUCUCUGCCGAUUCAAGUGCGUAUCGAUCUCAUGUCGUACUCUAAUCUCAGACCCUGUUUUCGCAAAAACACAGCUCGAUCGAAACAACAAACGCGAGAGGCUCAUUCUCAUUGCUUCCUCCCUUUACUCGGUCGACUGCACUGAAGCAUCCAAUAGCGGUGCUGUGACGGCAACCAACCUCAAUUUCCCAUCCACCGGUUGGGGCAAGAUGGUGGGUUCUUGCAAUGGCUUAAUCUUACUAGUAAAUGAUGAACGGACCAUGUUUUUAUGGAACCCAUCCACUAGUGAAUUCAGCGAAUUACCCAAAUGCCCUUUUUAUGCCCUCAAUCCCGUCGUCCCUACAUACACUAUGUAUGGACUUGGUUACGUUUCAUCUUUAGAUGAUUACAAGGUGGUGAUAGUUUUGCAUUAUUCGAAUUCUGACAAGGUGGUGCAAGUUUUGCAUUAUUCGAAUUCUGAUACAUUUAUUGGUGUCUAUACGCUUAGAACCAAUUCUUGGAGUUCAAAUUGGAUUCCUGAUUUCCCCUAUCAUCGUAUUCGUGGGCCGGAGUCGGGGGUUCUUGUAGAUGGCUCUCUACAUUGGUUAGCUUAUAAAAGUUCGAAUCAUCGGUAUGUGAUUUGUGCUUUUGAUCUAACAGACGAGAAAUUCCGGGAUGUAUUGGUACCUAGAUCUCUUAACUACCCCAACCCUGAGACCCCAAAUGAUUUGGGGGUUCUUGGAGGGUGUCUCACUACGCUUGCAUGUCGUGAUUGUUCCCAAAUUGAUAUUUGGGUGAUGAAGGAGUAUGGGGUGAGCGAGAGUUGGACGAAAUUUACAAUCUACAUAAAGAGUAUGCCAUUUGGUCCAACCCUAAUGUUUUCUCCGGUGGAUGGGGUACUACUCCUGAUAGACAGAAAUAAAUUGGUCGCAUGCAAUUUGAAGGAAGAGACAUUAAGGGAUAUAAAGGUGCAUGGCAUUCCAUAUUCGUUUAGAGCAAAGAAGACCUAUGUGGAGAGCCUUAUCUCACCCCAUUACAAUGUGGUAAUGAGAGAAAAUAAAGGCAUUCCGAACUUAAAGAGAGAGAUGAAAUUCCUUGUUAAAGUGGCAUUAUAUUGUUGUAGACUUAUAUUGGGUGAAUAUCCUGAAACAUGGAUUGUUGCUUUAGUUGCAUACAAGUGGCAGAGUCAAUCAACAUUGUUGGAGUGCUCUUCUUCAGUGUUUGCACCACAGUGA